CUGAAGAGAAGCUACCAAUUCUUAUACCAAUAUGGAAAUACAUUGACCAAUCAAAAGAAAAUCAAAAUGAACAAAAGAAAACAUUGCUUCAAUUUAUCUAUGAAAAUCCUACUUUUAAUUCAAAUUAUUUUAAAGAUGAAGAACGAAAAGUAUUAUCAUCUUUGAUUGUACAAUCAUUAAUACAAGGAAAUGUCCUAGUUAUUUUCGAAGGAUUAGACGAAGUUCCUGCUCAUAUAGAUCGAUCUGAUUUAAUGAAAGAAAUAAAUGAUUUAUUAGAACGAGGAAUAGAUUAUGAUGCGAAACUUGACAAACUUUCUUACUCAAUUUAUGAGCAAAAGGAAAUAAAUAGUACUCAAGAUCCCGCUAUUGGCAACCGAUUUAUUGUAACAAGUCGUAUUGAAGGAAAUUAUUUUGAACCAAUAAAUUAUUAUGUUCCAAGAUUAACUAUUGAGGAUAUGUCUAAUGAAGCUCUCAAAUUAUUUUGUAGCUCGUAUAUGGAAUGUAUUAAAGACAUUUCUAUUAAAAGUGGUAGACAUGUAAAAGAAUACAAGCAUGAUCAAUUAUAUAAUGAAAUAACGAAAAAUAAAGAUAUUUUUCAAUUAGCAAUUAAUCCACAAUUGGCUAGUGUGAUAGCUGCUAUUUAUAAUCAAUAUGAAGAUAAAUUACCAGACAAACGAAUUGAUUUGUACGAAAAAGCAAUAGAAAAGAUGAUUGAAAGAUUAGUAACUUCUUCGUAUAGUUCUCCAACAAGUUACAUAAGUAAAGAGCUUGGACUGAACACUACUACAUUAUGGUCAAUAAUGCAAGAAAUAGCCGAAUAUUUACAUAGUAAAGUGGAAGGACUAGGAGAGAAUAUUUUAAGAGAAAUAAUAAGAAAAUCUCUAGUAGAUUAUCAGAAACAGUCACCCAAAAACUCUGAAAUAAAUGUUGAUGAUUCGAUCUCAAAACUUGUUGACAUUUUAAAAUAUCAAGCAGGUUUAUUGAAUGAAUUUGGUCACAAUAGUUUUCGAUUCAUACAUCGUACUUUUCAAGAAUACCUUGCAGCUAAAAGCAUUAUCUACUUUAAUGGAACAGAACGAAAUGAAGAUGUUAUCUAUAAAAAUAUUAUAGAUAAAAUUGCUAAUCCAAAUUGGAGAGUUCCUCUUAGUAUGACAUUUGGCUUAUUAAGUAAAUCAACUCAAUAUAGCGAAUUAUUUAAAAAUAUUAUUACAAGAUUGUUCAACGAUGAACAAGUUUCAUCUAAUACACAAUUUUCUACGUCCCUAAUGCCAUAUGUCAUUAUUGAUUCAUUAAACGAUAUGUAUUUUUCAUCUAAAGAUGCCGAAUGUGAAUUGAUUCGAAGAUUGGCAGAAUUCCUAUUAUUUGAUUAUAAAAAUAUGUCUGGUUUUUCUAGAUUGAAAGAACAUCAAGAACUAAUUCAAUCAUAUUUCUUGAAAUUGAAAACAGGUUAUGAAAAUUUGAUUGUUGAAUGGUUUAUUGAAAAGAUUAAUAAAGAAGAAAAUAUAGCUCCAUGUGCCAACAUCAUUUAUCAACUUAAAUGGUAUAAUCCGAAAUUUCAUGAAACAUUUUUACAAAAUUUGCAUAAUGAUUCCGUGAUUUGGAACUGGCCAGUCGAUUCAAUCUUACGAUUUUAUUCAGACGAUAUUCAAGAUGAAUCCGUUUUAACACAAUUAAAAUUCAAAACUACAUUAAAUAAAAAUCCCGAAAUUAUUCAACAUAUAACAAAGAACAGUGAUUGGUUAUGUGUAAUUGUAGCUCUUUAUGGAGGAUAUAAAAAUUACAAUACUCCAAUGCGUAUUACAGAAUUUUUUGAAAUAGCUCAAUUUCUUGAAUUAAGUAAUAGCCAAAUGGCGCCAUUUAUCUUUUAUUAUCAAGAAGUAUGGGGUAGAGAUGAUCCAGCCAUGAGUAUGGCUGUGCAUCUUGAUACAGCUGUACCUAAAGGACGCUGGAAUGAAAAGCCAAUAUUUGAUAAGAAUGAAAUCUACAAAGAAUCAUUUCUGACAAUAAUGAUUCUCGAAUUACUCACUGAAGAAAAAACUACAAUAGACUUAAUGGAAAAAUUGAAAAAGCAAGUAAAUAGUCAACAACUAUCCAAAGGUGAAAAGACGGACACAUUAAUCGCAUUAAUCGCUUUAGGAGAUUUUGAUUUUGUAAGUGCUGUUAUAAAAAAAAGAGAAGAAACAUUUAUAAGAAGCUGUGAAAACAGAAUAGAACAAUUACUUUGUACUUUAAAGGAUCCUAUUGCAAGAUGUUCCUCACAAAUUAUGAAAUAUUUACUUGCGGCUUAUAAUAGUAUGAAAGUGAAACAAUUCAAGUACGGUAUUAAUUUUUCGGAUUAUUGCAAAAUACAUUUAUCUUUAAUAGCCAGUUGUGGAGGAUUACCAAUUGACACUAAGAUGCUAGCUGAAGCACUGGAUAAUGUUGAACAUAAGUGUAAUUUGUAUGCAGAAUAUUUUGCCUUUAAAUUCACUGGCUAUGAUGAUACAAGACAUGAUGUUACAAAGGUAUUAACUACAGAUAUUCCUUCAAGCGGAACUGAUGAAGUCAUAAAGUCAUUUUUAAAAAUUAGUGAUACUGUUCAGAUUUAUAGACCAGUUCGAAGAUAUCUGUGGCCUACAGAUAUAUUUCUUUUUAAAUUGAAUAACGAAGAUGAUCCACCAAUAGCAUUUCUCCAUUGUUUAGAGAAUAUCCAUAGAGAUAUAGCAUUCACAGUAGAUGGCAUUACUGAUUUUUUAUUUAAGCAAGGAUAUUUCGAUAAAAAUCCCGAAUUGAUUCCAUUAGUUGUAUUAUUAAGCUUCGGAAAUAUGUCAAAAGACUCAGACUAUCGUCAGAUUUGUGAUCGUUUGCUUCCUGAAUUAUCUAAUAAGACAAAUAUCAAAGAAUUUUUACUUGAAAAAAUUCAGUCAAUGCGCAAUUUCUACUAUAAAUCGAGAGCAUUAAGUCAGUUAGCACAAUUCUAUGAUGAGAAAAGUGAUGAACUUUUGAAUGAAUCUUUCAAAGUAACAAAAACUAUUCAGGAGCCAGUUUUAAAGUUUCAAGUUUUGGAAAAUAUUUUUAGCAUUGCUCAUUACAAGGAAGUUAAGCAUAAAUUGUUCAUCAAGGAAAUACUCAACGAGCUAGUUUUGUCAUGUGACAGUAUCGACGACCAUUAUGAUCGAGUUAUUGCAUCGAUAAGAUUAUCAUUUUAUGGAUCAGGAGAUUUUCGAAAAAUAUAUUUAGCAAAUGCUAUAGAAACACUUGUUAAGAUGGAUGAAGAUGAUGAAAAAAUUAAAUUAAUUAUUAAAUUAAAAUCAUUAAUUACUAUUUACGAUGAUCUUCAAAUCAGCCUGAAUGGAAUUAUAGAGAAUCUGAAAAAUAAAACACAUAAUUAUUUUAUUAAUUCUUACUAUGGAAGAAUAUUAUAUGCUGAAAAAUUAAAUGUUGAUACUUUGCACUUAAGUUUGCUCAUAAGUGAAAAGUUGGGAAAUGAUAAUGAUAACGAACAAAAUGAAGAUGUUUCCAAUUCUACUGAAAUUCAAGCUCUAUUUAUGCUCUUUGCACAAUUGAAUGAUAUUAAAUUAACACUUGGUAAAACAGACAGCUUAAAUCAGUUAUGGAUUAAUCUUUUUAAAGAUACCGAUAACCAAUCAAAUACUGAAAAGAUAUUAAAAAUUGCUUUAGAUACUGAAUUAUUUUUGACACCACAAGUAGCAAUUAUUAUUGAUGAAUUGGUACGAAACGGAAAAGAAGAUCGUAUCUCAAUUCUUUUUCCAUAUAUAAUGAAACCAUCAAACGAAGUAUUACCCAUUGUUCAUAGGUGGUUUACCGAUUAUAAUAACAAUCAAAUCAAAAAGUUAGCAGCUCUUUUACUUACAGAAGCAAAACAUGUUUUUGAAGCUGCAAUUGAUACAAUUACAGAUUUACUAAAAAGUGAUAAUGAUCAAAUGAGAUAUAGAGCUCAAAGAAUUUUUCAACAUCCAGAACGGGAUGUGAAGAAACCCAGUAAGAGAAUAUCUGUAAUUGGAGAAAAAACAUUAAUGAAAAUUCUCCAAAAGAGAUCGACGAAAGAACAUCUUCCAAGAGUUCAAACCUAUCUUAAGAGCUUCUUCUACGACUUACUUUGGGAUGAUCCCAAAGUAUUUCAAAACCUAUAUGAAAAUGUAACAAAAUUGAGAGAAAGAAACUCUGCUUGCGGAAGAAGAAUGGGUUUUUUUAAUAAUAUUAACUUUAUAAAUAAUGAUACUUGGAAUUCAAUAAUGCAAACAUUACAAUCACCGUCUCAUCCAUCUUAUGUUGAAGAAUUAUUUCAUUCAACUAUGUAUUUAAUGUCCCUUGGUCAAAUUCCAAGAGAAAAUUGGAAUGAAUUUGCGAAAGUGCUAUCAGUUACAGAUACAAGUCAAUUUAAAGAAAAAUUAUAUUUUGUACGUAAAGAUGUAAGAAUAAUGGAAUUUAUUCUUAAUGAAGUUUGUGGUUCGACGAAUAUGAGUGAUGAAACGUAUUUUGAAAUUCUCGAACUAAAAUUAAUCACUCAAACAGCCGUGAAAAUUGAAGAUCUUUUACAAAGCGAUUAUGCGGUAAUUAAUAAUAUUGGUAGUUGUAAUUUUUAUCUUUCAACAGAGAAUCUGAACCAAGCAGUAUUAGAUAUGUUAAAUGAAUUUUCUAUAAACAUUGAUAUAAUGGGAAAUUUAAUUAAAUGGUUAAUACAAAAAAUGAAAAGUUUUAAAGGUUUUGAUGAUACAUUAUUUUCAAUGCUCUUGUGUGCAGAUCUGUUAUCACUGGUCUCUGCGUGUGCUCAAAAAGAAGAUUAUUUGUAUCGAAAAAUUACAAAUUCUCAAGAUUUCGAUAAAGCACAAAUGAUCAAACUUUUGGAAAAAAUUCUUAAUAAUCAUCCGUAUUAUCCAGCAAGAGGCAGUUCUUUUAUUUUACUUUCAGCAAUGGAUAACUCUGAUCACAAAGUAAUCAUAAAUGCGAUGAAUGCAUUAUUCGAUGAAAAUGUUGUGAAAGAAUAUUCUGCAAUUGGAAUUCCGCUUAUACAUUUAUCACCAAAUGAAUUUAUCGAUGAUUUAUUGAAAUCUUUAAAAAAUGAAAGUGCUAUAAAAGCUUACGAAAUAUUAAAGAUUUUGACACAAUAUGCUUUGAAUGAGAAAAUUGAUGCAAAUACUAAAUCAAAGAUAAUAAAUUACUUAGCAAAAGAGAUUGGUGAAUUAAAAUCGAAAAAGCCUAUUAGUUAUUAUUAUACAGAUAUAAAAAUUCCUUUUACGACUACAUUGGAAAACGAAUUAUAUAAAACAUGGAUUAAAAUACAAGGACUCUCUGGUAAAACACAAUAUUAUACGAACGUUGAAGCGUCAAAAGAAUAA